CACAUAAACAAAACAAAUUCCGAGUUAUAAUAUUUAAAGCAAAAUCUAGUGCUCGUGUAAAGUGUUGUAUAUAUGAAUUUUCGGAGUGUAUAUUAAUAUUAAGCAAAAUUACUUUUGUGCAUGUGAAAAGUGUGCAGAAAAAGUUAUCCAAAUUCCCCCUUGAGUCCGAGAAAUGGCUCAGGUAACGGAGAAGCGAACGACUAAUGGUCGAGCAGGAGGAGGAGCUGCCGGAGCCACCAAGGAGAAUAUUUCGAGCCAGCAACAACAGGCGAUGCGCGGCAAGGGCAUUGAGAUACUCGACUUCCACGAGUCUUGGGCGGAGGAGGUGGAGCUGUACAAGGACAAAAUGGUCAUGUGCAAGCAGCUGGCGCAACACAAUCACAACCACCAACCAGGACACGCCAAACAGUCAGCCGCCACGCAGCGUAGCUCCGCUGGUGCCAACUCGGCCAGCAGUCGUUCCCCGCCGCCAACGCAGAAACAGAGAAACUCACCACCCGCUGCACGUCGUCGUUCAGUCAUAGAGAAGGUUGCGCCCACAGGUUCCACAGCCAAGAGCACGCAAGCCACGCAGCCCGCGCAGCGCAUUGUAAUCCGUGGCACAUCCGCUGGGGUGAAAGGUACACCCGUGUCCGUGGCCACGGGCGUGCUGCAGUCGGAGCCGUACAAGAAAGUGCAGAUGCUUUUGAAGCGUGCACGAGACGAAGCUUUUGCCAAACAUCUUGCAAACAACAACAACAAUAGCAGCCACAGCAAUGGCAACAAACCGAAAAGAACCUCGCACUUGCUGGCAUCAGUCAUGCCAUCGAGCAUGUCCUGCACGAGCACACAAACCCUGACGCCUGGCAGCAAGAUUGUUGUUAAUACGUUCCAUGGGAGCAGCCUGCUUGCCCAGCCGCAUGACGACAAGAACAAAAUUCUAACACAAAAUGGUCUAACCAAAUCUGCAGCCACGGCACUGGAGACGAGUCUGUAUGCCUCUCUCUAUGCCCAUUCGCCGCUUAACUCCGGCGGCAACAGCGCCACGCCCAGGAUGAUGUCUGGCGGUGUGGAACAUGCGGCAUAUGGGGGCGUGUCACUGAACAAGGCAAAUCACGAUAGUCUAAGACUAAACGAGGAUGAUCCGUGUGCAGACAUUGAUGAAAUUAACAACUACGAUGACUCCGACUCGGAGGAGGAGUACGUGGGCACACCCUUCUUUCUGGAUGAAGACGAAGCGGAAACACACCAGAGUCGUCACACGCGCCUGCUGCCCGAGAAGACCACGUCCAAGGAGUCAAUAGGCUCGCAGGCUUCGGUGUACUCCAAACCCGAUGCCAUACUCUCGCCAAGUUUGUUUCCCAAUGUGCCGCCGUACCUGAACUUUACAUCGCAUGCGGACAAGGGUCCACCCAUGCCGGCUGCCCUCCAUCGUGUGCUCAAGUGGAAGCUCAGCCCUGUCAUGCCAAAGAUUGUGAAGCGAGUGGUGCUUAAUUCGGGCUUUCGCAUCAUCAAAAACACCACCGACUGGAUGGCUGUGUGGGAGAAGCACAUGAAGAGUCCAGGCUUCCGCACGAUACGCUCGCAUCAGAAGUACAAUCACAUACCGGGCUCAUUCCGCAUCGGGCGCAAGGACACCAUGUGGCGCAGCAUCUAUCAGAAUUUGAAAAAGUUUGGCAAAAAGGAUUUUGGUUUUAUGCAAAAGUCCUACAUAAUGCCCGAUGAUUUGGAGCAUUUGCGACAGGUGUGGCCCAAGAAUGCCUCAAAGCUGACCAAAUGGAUUGUCAAGCCACCGGCGAGUGCGCGCGGCACUGGCAUACGCAUUGUCAACAAAUGGAGUCAGUUCCCCAAAGAUCGUCCGCUGGUAGUGCAGAAAUACAUUGAACGCCCGCUGCUGAUCAAUGACAACAAGUUCGACAUGCGCAUAUAUGUGGUGCUGACGUCCAUCAAUCCGCUGCGCAUCUACAUGUACAAGGAUGGGCUGGCGCGUUUUGCCUCCGUGAAGUACAGCUCGGAGCUGAGCAACCUCGAUGAGCGCUGCAUGCACCUGACCAACUACAGCAUCAACAAGUUCUCGGAAAACUAUGCCAAGAAUGAGGAUGUUAAUGCCUGCCAGGGACACAAGUGGACGCUGCAGUCGCUGUGGUCCUGCCUGGAGGGUCGCGGCGUCAACACCAAGCGCCUGUGGGCCACGCUGCGGAAUCUGGUCAUCAAGGGCAUCGUCAGCGGAGAGUCGGGGCUGAAUCGCAUGUACCGGCAGAAUGUGAAUUUUCGUUACAAUUGCUUUGAGCUGUUUGGGUUCGAUGUGCUGCUGGAUGAGAAUCUGGUGCCGUGGCUGCUGGAGAUUAACAUUUCGCCGUCGCUGCACUCGGAGCUGCCUCUGGAUCUGCACGUGAAGGGGCCGCUGAUACAGGCCGUGCUCAACACAGCGCUGUACCAGGUGCCGCCCAAGCUGAACGAACGCCAGCAGCAGGAGAUACUCGAGGAGCUGAACCUGAAGGGUCCGCUGUGCCACGACAAGCGCAUCUUCACCACCUGCCUGACGGCCGAGGAGGUGCGCAAGCACAAUCACUACACCAAUCGCAGCAUCGAGUUCCGCGAGGAGUACGUGGACACCAUUCUGGACAAUCUGCUGCCCGACGAUGUGCGCUGCCUGAUCAUUGCCGAGGAUGAGCAGUCCCGCUGCCAGCCCCUCGAGCGCAUCUUUCCCACCUCCGGCACGCACAUUUAUCUGCGUUACAUCGAGAACGCGCGCUACUACAACCGCCUGCUGGAUGCCUGGGAGACGAAGUACUCCAAGAAUCGGGAACUGGGCAUCGCCCUGCUCUCGCGCUACUGCAAGGACAAGUACCAUCUGCAGGUCUCUGAUGCAGCCAUGGAGAAGGAACCAAAUGUUGCUCUCACCGAGAUCGAUAUGCUGCAUGUGAAAAAGGACGAGGUGCUGGAUGGCGCCACGAAUCUGGCCAGACUCAAUCUCGUGUCCACUGAAGGCAGCGAGUCGCUGCCUAUGGCCCGGCGCCCCGAGGCAUGCAUAGAAAUUAAAUCCUGAGACUGAACUGAAGUUUCGGUUUCUGAAUGUCUUUUAUCGAACAGAAAUACGCCUGCAAUACGUUCAAAUUCACGUUGAGAUCCUUUCCAAAUAAAGUUACAUUUUUCCGAUCGUCUUUAA